GGGGAGCGGAGCACACGCGUGAGCGGCGGCUCCUGCGGCCCGGCGGUAGCGGCGGCGGGCGCCUUUCGGCUCGGCAGGAGCCGCGGCGGAGCGGAGCAUGUCGGUGGCGACCGGGGGCAGCGAGGCGGCGGCGGCAGCGGGCGGAGGCGGCGGGAACCGCGUCUUCUUCCAGAGCCCCCGCGGCGGCGGGAGCGGCGGCUCCUCCGGCAGCUCCUCCCGGGAGGACUCGGUGUCGGCAGCGGCGGCCGUGGUGCAGGUCCAGCAGCGGCGCCACCAGCAGGGGAAAGUGACGGUGAAAUACGAUCGGAAGGAGCUGCGGAAGCGGCUGGUGCUGGAGGAGUGGAUCGUGGAGCAGCUGGGGCAGCUCUACGGCUGCGAGGAAGAAGAAAUGCCAGAGGUAGAAAUUGACAUUGAUGACCUUCUUGAUGCAGCCAAUGAAGAGGAGAGAGCUCUCAAAUUGCAGGAAACUCUUGUAGAUUGCUACAAACCAACAGAGGAAUUUAUCAAAGAGCUGCUAACUCGGAUAAGAGGAAUGAGGAAACUCAGUCCCCCUCAAAAGAAGAGUAUAUAAAUAACUCCAAGUAAUAGCACUCUGUAAAAGACAUGGCAAGGGAAAUGGGACUUUGAAUACAAGACCUUUAUUAAAAUAAUUGUCUUUCUCCACAACUUUUUUGAUUUUAUUCAGUUUUGACUCAAGGAAUUUUUUUGUGUGUUUUAAGGGUUCUUUUUUUAAGUGUCAAUUUUUUUUUAUCAAAACUAUCAACAAUUUGGAUGCUGCUCAACUUUCACCUGAGGAAUACUGAAGCAAGUGAAGAAUCCAAGAGUUAGUGAUGAGGGGUAGCAAGCCUAUGUGGUGAGCCAGAAGAUCUUGUAAAUUUACAGAGCUAGGAGACUUCUCCUUGCAGCUGUAGUUGGAUAAUGUUUCUUAAGUUGGUUGUACAUUUAACUCAUGGAUGUCAAGUUUCUUGUGCUUGUCUGUACAUAAAUUUUCAAGUGGGUUGUGAAUACUGUUUCACAUGGAUGGAAGGAGAAGUUUGUUAUAGUAAAUUAUUUAAAUGGUGGUUAUUGCAAAUUUGCUACCAAAAGGUACCAAUUUAGAUUACUAAAAUGAAUACUGCCAUUUUUCUAAGUACCCUUAAGCAGUCCAGUGAAGAAUCUCAUCAUAUCUCCUUGUUUAAACCACAGCAUAUGAAAAUUGGGAAUUUUAAGGGCUUAAUUUUUAGACUUAAAAGUUAUUUGAUUGACUUUGAUGCUUUGCCAGGAUCACUUCCUCUCCACCUCAUGGUGUUUUGGAGCUGUCCUAACCUAUGCUGAAUAUGGGCCUGGAGUGAUAUCUAGAGAAAUUUCCAUCACCAUUUAAAAGCUGAUUCAUGCUGGAGGAAAGGCAGUGAUACCAAAUGAAUUGCAAGUACUGUAUUACAUUGGAUGAUGUGGUCUUAAUCAAAUGCAGAUUCCUCUCCUAUAAAGGUUAGGCAAAGAGUAAUACAGCCUUUGUUUAUGGCUUUGCCCUGAGAAGUGGGAGCCUUCUUAACUUGGGCUCUCUUACUUGUAAGAGCAAGAACAGAGAUCCCUGCUCCCUUCUGGAAAAUGUCCUAACUAGAAUGUUUGAUAAGCUACCAUUUACUGGUAGGUGACAUUAGUCAGGCAUUUUAUAUCAAGGGUGCUCUGAACAUAUUUUAUUUUUCAAGAGAAGUACAUGUUUGUGAAUUUUAUGUAUACUGGCAAGCUUUUUUAAUGUAUUUAAUUUUGUAAUGUUUACUGAUGAUUUUAUUUACCAGAUAAUUACUCAAAUAAA